UCAACCGAGCCCCAAUAAAAGUAUAAAAUAAACAGAAAACAUAAACAAAAUCCCUAACAGCAACAGCUCUAAACAAUAAAUACCCUUCAAAUCCCCAAGUUAUCUCUCUAGAAAUCAUUCAAAUAACUUAUCAGAUUUUUUUUAAGCGUUGAAAAAGGAAGAUUGAUAGAGCAAGUACAGGAUAAUGACGGCUUCUUCAUCAGCUGAAGCUAUUCCAGCAAUGCAGGAAAUUAUGUUGGAGUUUCGUGCUGGUAAAAUGGUUUUUGAUGGAAAAAAGGUUGUUCCUGAUUCACGAAAGGGACUAGUUCGCGUUGGAAGGGUAAACUGCACCCUUUUUUUUGUAUUACAUAUAGUUCGUGCCUAUGUAAAGAUUUUCAUUUAUUUAGUCACAAGUUUUGUAUUGUGCCAGGGUGAGGAGGGUUUGCUUCAUUUUCAGUGGCUUGAUAGGAACUUGAAUGCUGUGGAAGAUGAUCAGAUUAUUUUUCCUGAAGAGGCUGUUUUUGAGAAGGUUAAUCAAGUUUCGGGAAGAGUUUACAUCUUGAAAUUCAAUACAGAUGACCGGAAGUUUUUUUUUUGGAUGCAGGAGCCAAAAGCUGAAGAGGACUCACAAUUAUGUAGUUCUGUCAACUAUUAUAUCAAUCUUCCAUUAGAGUUCCUUGAUGAAGAAGAGCCUGAUGCUGCUGCUCCUUUGCAAGUUUCUGAAGACACGCUUGAAGAUAAUGUCUCAUCAAGGGCUGGAGACUUAGUUGUCCCAAACCUUGGUGCAGAAGCAAUUAGUGAUGUAACCUCUUCAUCGGGGCCAGUGAAAAUGGAAGACUUGCAGAGAAUCCUGAGUAAUAUUGGUGCUAGAGGUGGUUCCAGUGAUCCAGAUGAAGGCUUAGGAUUAGGGGAUCUACUGAAGCCUGAUUUGAUAAUGCCAUUGAUUGAGACGUUGUCUCUUGAAGAAGGAUUAACAUCUCACUUACCUGAGGGUCACUGGACUCCAGAGGAUAUCUUAGAUUUGUUGCAGAGCCCUCCUUUCCGUCAGCAAGUGGAUUCUUUUACUUAUGUUCUCCGAACUGGACAAAUAGAUUUGUCUCAAUUUGGGGUCGACCCCAGUAAAUACAAGUUCACAGUUUUAUCUUUUCUGGAGGCACUUGAAGAUUCAGUUUCCAAAAUGUCUGAGGAAUCCACCCAAGAGGGCAAGGAUUUGAGACCUCAGUCUCAUAACCGCAAUGAUCCAAUGGACGAGGGCAAGUAGUGGAGAAAGAUUCAUGCAUCCCUGUUGUUUCGUGUUUCUCAUGCUCAUUUCUACUGUACAAGAGAACUUCUGCCGCCUUAAUUUUUCUAUUUAGACACUUUUCUGCCGAUGGUAAGAUGGGGAAAAUGAUGGAAAAGUGAUUCUCUCCUUCAGUUUACCAACAAUUCGGUGCAGGCGUACAGUACCUUCUAGGAUUUUAAUUUGUUUUAUUGAUAGGCUAUACAUUAAAUUUACGAGUCAAAUCUCACUAUCAAUAUUGUCGUCAUGCUGCGUUGUUGAUUUAAAGUACAAUUCAGUACAGGCGUGCAUCAUGUUGCCAUCAUGUUGCCCUUUUGAUGAUAUCCUAUUUUGGUGAUUAGGAAUAUGGGCGUAUCUAUGCUGGAAUGAAGUGUUAAUAUAAUUGCUCUAAAUUUGGGAUGCUUUUCUUCGAUGAGCAGCACCUCCUUGCAGUAGCACCCCGACCAAACUGGCGUCGUAGCUUUUUGAAGAGGGUUAUUCACGAUGUUUUUGCCAUGUCUCCUGGGGAGUGGGGAGAGUUGGUGGGUGCUAGGAAAUGGACGCCAACUUAGGUUUUGGUGUAAUCAACACUGGAUGGGGCAAGGGCUUCUGCUGCUGGAUUGGACAAAUAUUUUAAGAAGUUGAUUAUAAUUCA